GACUUGCGUAAUUGUGUCAUUGAGCAAUCUCUUUUUUGCCUGUGAAAUCCACAGCUCUUUCUGCGUAUAAUAGUGUGUCAGUCUCCAGUUUCUACUUCUGUUUUGCAGUUCAGGGUAAUGAAGAUAAAAUGCAUGUAAUAACCCAAAGCUGUGUCCUAUUUUUGUGGAUGCAUACACUGACCUUUGUGAAAAGUCAAGACUGUACACUUGAACAGUUUAUAAAUGGCCCCUUGUAUGAUUUAAAUUUUGACACAACUGAUCUGGAGGCCAGCUACGUUGGUGGAAAACAAGUGAGAGUGGGCUGCACUGUUGGCUACAGUGGCUUUUUCAAACUGAUCUGUGUCGAGGGAAAAUGGCAGUCUAGAGGCAAUAAAUGUCAACCAAGAUCAUGUGGUCAUCCCGGCGAUGCCCAGUUUUCAGAUUUUCAUCUGGAAAAGGGAGACGAUUUUGUCUUUGGGUCACAAGUUGUAUACACCUGCCACAAAGGUUAUCAAAUGGUGAGUCGCACAAACUACAGGCGUUGCAUGGCUGAAGGCUGGGAUGGUGUUGUUCCUGUCUGCGAAGCCCAACAGUGCCCAGGGAUUCUUGUGGAUAUUAAUGUCCAGGUGAAUGGGGACCCUGAGGAAGCAACCUAUGGCAAUGUAGUUCGAUUUAGCUGCAAGUCCAGCAAUGAAAUCCUGAUUGGGUCAUCAGAGAUCUAUUGUGAUGAAAAUGGAGAUUGGAGUGCCGAAGCGCCAAAAUGUAAAGAGAUAAAAUGCACAGUACCCAUGAUUCAAAAUGGUUAUGUGCCUGGAGAUAUCCAAGAGUACAAAGAACAUGAAGUCCUGCAUUUUGAGUGCAAUCCUCAAUAUAAACGUGCUGAAGACAGACCUUCAAAAUGCACGAAACUAGGAAUAAGAGCAGACUGGACCCCUACACCUGUAUGUGAACAAAUUAAAUGUCGACUGCCACCGACACUGGAAGGAACCAGGUAUGAACCUGCUUUCAGAAAUGUGUUUUCACCUGGUGACACACUAAGAGUCAUUUGUGGAGAGAAGUACUGGAUUUCUAACCAUCAGACCAAAUCAGCACUAGCUAGAUGCAAAGAUGACGGACAAUGGACUGUCAGACCGGUAUGCCAAGAGGUUAAAUGCAGAAUUCCAGAAGACCCACUUGUGGUUUACUGGUAUAACAAUUGGAGGCAACAAAUAAAACUGGAUGAGACUGUAAGUUAUCAGUGUAGGUCAGGCUACAAGAGGACAGAUGGCGUCACCCGGGCCACAUGCGCCAGAGACGGGUGGAGACCAAAUCCACUCUGUGAAGAAAUUAUAUGCGACAAACAGGAUAUCCCAAAUGCAGAUAUUGUCACCGAUAAGCAGAAAUACAAAUACAAUGAACAGGCCGAGUAUGUCUGCAGGGUUGGUUAUCGUGGACGUCCUACUCGAACCUGUACGGAAAGUGGCUGGACUGGGCGUUCACAAUGUACAGAAACAACAUGCAAAAGGCAGAAUAUCCCAAAUGCAGAUAUUGUCACUGAUAAGCAGAAAUACAAAUACAAUGAACAGGCCGAGUAUGUCUGCAAGGUUGGUUAUCGAGGACAUCCUACUCGAACCUGUACGGAAAGUGGCUGGACUGGGCGUUCACAAUGUACAGAGAUAACAUGCAGCAGACAAGAUUACCCGAAUGCAGACAUUUAUGGAAAUGUUCAGUCCAUAUACAUGUACAAAGAACAGGUCGAGUAUACCUGCAAGAAGGGUGGACAAUUUACUCUAACCUGUGGGGAAACAGGUUGGAUCGGGUCUCCAGAAUGUACAAAAUGUUCAAAACCUAACGUUCCAAAUGGAUUUGUAGUUGGCCCAUACAAUGACACAGUGUACUACACCUGCAAUGAAGGUUAUAAGCUUUUCACCAAGGGCUGGUGGAGUGAAGCCAAAUGUAAUGACGGCGUGUGGUCUGGACUUGAACGAUGCAUCGAGAUAAGAAAGUGUCGAGAACCUGUGAUUCCUAACAGCAAAGUGACACCUCAGGAUAAUGUUUAUGAACACAAAGACAGUGUCAAGAUUAUUUGUGAGGAAGGAUAUCGGGCUCAGGUUGACAGCUUAACUUGUCACGAGGGAAAAUGGCAUCCAAAUAAACCACUCAAAACAAUCUGUACACCUAUUGCCAAUCUCUGCAGUUCCCCACCUAAAGUUGACAAUGCAGUUGCUGUGACUUCAUAUAAGAAGGAAUUCUUGUCUCACUCUGCUGUAACUUAUCAGUGUCGUGAUAAUUAUACAAUGGAGGGAGAAGACACGAUUCGAUGUAAAAAUGGGAAAUGGGAGGAGAAGAACAUUACGUGCACACUUUCAGGAACAGCGACAGAGAGUGGAGCAGUGGCAGGUCUCCCAUCAUCUCCAAAUAAUGUUACUGAGGACGGGAGACCAGUUUCAGGAACAGCGACAGAGAGUGGAGCAGUGGCAGGUCUCCCAUCAUCUCCAAAUAAUGUUACUGAGGACGGGAGACCAGUGAAGCCAUGUGAACUUCCUGAUGACACUCCCAAUGGCUAUUAUCACAUUAUCCACGGUGAAGACUUUGUUUUUGGAACAACUAUCAAAUACUUUUGUAAUGAAGGGUAUCAAAUGGUGAGUAAGGAUGACACAAGGACUUGUUUGCUGGACAAAUGGACCAAUCACAUCCCAAUAUGUGAUCCUUUAAGCUGUGACCCCCCGCCUGCAGAUGGAGGGCUUAUAGUAAAAGGUUUACCAGAAAAUGAAGAAUCCAUACUUCCUGACCGAUUCCUCACAUUCAGCUGUGAUGGUCCUGGGAAAUAUCUGAAUGGCAGUUCAGUGCUGAUAUGUGGUAAAGAUGGACAGUGGGAUAAUCCAUUCCCCUCUUGUGAAGACAUCACUUGUAAAGUUGGUGUGAUGCCCCUUCAUCUCACUGUAACUGGACUACCACCAGCAAAUGAAACAAUGAAGAUUGGACAUAAAUUAUGGUUUCGAUGCGAUGAUCAAUAUGCACUGGAAGGGUCUGAUGGAACUGAAUGUUUACAAACUGGGCAGUGGAAUGCCCCCUUUCCAACUUGCCAUGAGAAAUGCAACGUCACAGGUGUACCAGCCAAUGUACGCAUCACCACAUAUGUACCAAACAAUCAACUGAGAAAAGGACAGAAUUUAAGGUUUGCUUGCCGCAAGCGUGGAGACACUCUUCGAGGGAGAGCAUCGGUUGAAUGUUUAGCAAACGGACAGUGGAGUGAUCCCUUCCCAACAUGUGGAGCUCCUUUGGGUUGUGGGAAACCACCGGUCCCUGCAAAUGGAGACACCAAGGAAAGUGUUCGAUUCCGGUACUUACAUAAUGAAAGAGUUGAAUACAUCUGUCAGAGAUGGCACGUUAUGGAGGGUGAGCCUUACAAAACCUGCAACAAUGGUGAAUGGAUUGGACAGAUGAAAUGCCUCAAACCCUGCACUGUGAACAGAGAAACCAUGAAAAAACAUAAUAUUACCUUCAGAUAUACUCGUUACGAUAAGCUGUAUUCAGAGCAUUCUGAUGAAAUUGAGUUUGUGUGUAUCAGAGGAACAAGACAUGACGGAUCAGUGAACAUGCGUCAGAGGUGUGUUGAUGGUGUGAUGCUCCUGCCCACUUGCCAGUAAAGGUUUUAGUCAACUGGAAAUGAUAAACAUGAGAUGGCUGGACAAACAUGUAAAUGAUUAACCAAAGUAAAGAGUUGGACCAGUUAUGUAUUGAUCCAGUGUCUAUACUUCAGUGCUGUGUUUAAUAAAACAAAUAUUUUCA